GCGCCAUCUACUCCUCUCCACGACUGGCUAGAUUCAUCAUCCAUCCUUUGCGACACAGCUCGCGUCCAACGCAAUUGCCGCCGCAUGGUUGGUUUGGGCCUCGUUUAAUUCCCAACUCACGAGCGACACCGCCCGACGCUUCCAGGCUUUUCAAAAAAAAAUCUCAAGUGCCAUGUCGCCUCUCUGAUGCGCCCGCUAACCAAGAGCAUUCCAUCUGAACCUUCGCUUCAUUAUAUCUCCAAACAGUCGCUUGCAUCCUGCUUUCCUGCCCAUCAUCGGACCAUGGGGCUGUGAUGGGACUUCGUCAACCUGUAUACAACUGAAGUGUUCAACUUAUGCUCUCAAAAACCUCAAACAUCGAACCGGGCGGAUCGUACGAGACUAACCUGCAACCUUCGACUCGCCCGCCUAACCACGACAUUCACGAACACCUCGGACGAGCACCGACGGGAUUCACUCGCAAGCCACACGCUGGUACAUAUUCAGUUCCUCGAAUUCAGGGGAGAAAAUAGAAACUGCUCCACGCAAGCUGCCCUGCCCGGCACAUGUUCCGCCUCGCUCUUCCUGCAGCUUCGCCAACUUGCGUCUUUUCGUCGUCAGCACAUAUCGAACUACCUGGCGAAGCAAAGCCUGAGCCAUGAGUGCCUCUGACCCGGCGAAUGUUCCAAGGAAGAAGCAGACGGGACAGGCUGGAGACAACCUCCUACACAUCAUCAUCCAGAGACAUGGUUUCGUUGCGAGACGUAUAAAGAUACUAAUUUCCUGGGCAGGGUUUUCGUUGACGACGGUUGGCCACCUCCUGCUGUACCACCGGUGCCAGAACAAAGGCCACAACGUGACCAGGACACGUUUCUGGCCACAGUCAUAAGCCUUCUACCGGACAUUUGUCCAGAUUACGCCCAGCAGCAGGGUCAUGCAUGCGGAUGGGAUUCAGAACUGUUCCUUAAUCGUAUCUUGGAGGAAGAAGGCAACGGCACCAAAUAUCCAAGACGCGUCAAGAAAAGGAAACGAGACGAUGCGGAUGUCGGCGACAACGCGAAAGAGUCGAAGCUCCAAAAAUUGCACAAAAAAUACGACGGCCGUGUAUCCCAGUACCAUAGAGACCACAAUUAUAGCCGCGUCUGCCGGCUCCUUCUCAGGGAAGCUUUUCCCAAAGCAUACGUAGGCGAAAUCGAGGAAGCUAUGUUAACGCAUAACUCUUCGGUCUAUCAAACGUACUCAGCCCUACAUGAGGAUUUUUCGAAACCUGAUGGCGUCACCUUUCGCAGGAAAUUGUAUCCCAGACACAAGAACAACAUCGAAGAGGUAGCAAUCGAUAAAGAAGAUAGCACUCUACCCGGCAGAGAGGCACAGCAAGAAUUUCUCGCAGCGCAGGAGGUAUGUUCAGCAAAAUUAGCCAAGGACGCCGCCAAAGAAGCCCAGGAGAGGGAAGACAAGGAAAACUUCGAAAACGCAAAGGCGGAAGGUGCCAUCACCGAAUGCGGGUGUUGUUUUGACGAACUUCCCUACAAUCGCAUGGUGCACUGUGAUGGUGACACUGCUCACUGGUUCUGCUAUGACUGCGCUCGGCGGCAAGCGGAAAAUCAGAUCGGACAGCAGCGGUAUCAUCUAGGUUGCAUGUCUAUGGAUGGCUGCGAAGCAACUUUUUCCAGAGAUCAAAAAGACCUAUUCCUGGAUGACCGCCUGAAGCGUACCCUGGACCAGAUCGAGCAAAAUGACAGCAUUCGACGUGCUGGUAUCGACGGCCUGGAGACUUGUCCAUUCUGCAACUAUGCUGCGGAGUAUCCCCCAGUAGAGGUCAACUGGGAGUUCGAGUGCCAACAACCAGAGUGCGGGGUCAAAAGCUGCCGACGUUGCCGUCAAGAAACUCACAUCGGCAAGUCUUGCGACGAGGCCAUGGCUGAAGCAGCCCGUAAUAAGGGCGAGGACGCCAAGCGGAAACUCGAGGAGGCCAGAUCAUUGGCUAUGAUACGGGAGUGCUACAAAUGCACGAACCGAUUCAUCAAAGAAAGCGGUUGCAACAAGAUGACUUGUCCCAGAUGCAGAGCCAUGCAAUGCUACGUUUGUAGGCAGCCUUGCGAUUAUAACCACUUUGACGAUCUGAACAGAGGUGGUAGAAAGGGCAACUGCCCUCUCUUUGAACAGCAGUCGCUGGAUGAUAUUCACGACAAGGAGGCUCGGGAAGCUGAGGAAAGGGAACGAAAGAAGCUACUGGAAGCGGACCCCAGCAUGGAUGCUAAGGAGCUUGAAAUCAAGUUUGAUGAGAAGCUUUUUCCGAAACGGCAGCAGCAUGCUCAUCCUAACGGUGUGCGUGUUGCUGUAGCCUACCCCGGUCAGGGUCCGGCUCGUCUUCGGCAUGCGCUUGCAGCAGGUAUAGUAGCGCAACCCCAAGUGGGUGGGCCAAAUCAGGCCCAGCCAGGCAUGCCAGGAGCUGCACAUGUGCAUGUGCAGCCCGUGGAAGGCGAAGCUGAUCUUCUACAGCAGUACGUAAGACUAGGACUGCCGCCGGGACCAGUGCGGGACCGGGUGAUGGAGAGGUGGGGACGCCGAUACGCACAACUGGCAGCCCAGAGGAACCGAGGACCGGUUCAGCCACCACAGGGUCAAGUGGCCAACGGCUACCCCAACCAAGGAAUGAACCCAGGACGUGCAGGCUAUGCUGCCCUUGGUAUCCAUCCCAACCCCCAUGCUAAUCCUGCCCUCAAUCCUGCCCUCAAUCCUGCUCCCAAUCCAGGCCAGGCACCACAGGCGUUUCCGGGGUUUGGAAACCAGGUCCUCCAUCACAACCAUAACGAUCCUCACUACAUGCUUAACGCGCAUUUCCCGGCCAAUGUUCCACAGUGGAAUCCGGGCGGGCCAGGUCUCCCUGGCCUCGCCCUUGGCCCCCUUCCCCCGAACGAUGAAUUUGGUCUUCCCCAAAUGGCGCAACUCGCUGCGCCAAGGUUGGCCGCCCAUCCUCCUCCUGUGGCCGCCAACAAUAUACCAAAUCCGGUCGUCAACGUGCGAAGUCUUGGCCGAGCCCCGGUAGUAGCAGUUCCCCCAAGACAGCAGGUGCCUGUUGUCGAUCUUACUGCUGAUGAAUAGGCGCCAGAGACACCGGAUCACCAAGGCCAGGUAGCUGCACGGCCUCCUGGACAGCAAGUACCUGCUGGGGACAUGAAUGGGGUUGACUUCGUGGAGGUGGUACUUCUAGUCCAUGGCAUCCUUGGGCGUCCUCUUCAACCUCCCCCUAAUGCGGGUUCGGUCCUCAUAGACCCGGUUCCUGACCGGGUUGCGGAACCUAGGCCGCAUGGAAUGGAUUCUGGUUCCAACCGUGCAGAGGAUGUUUGAUCGGGUGAUGUGUUGCUCGCUCCGAUCUUCGCAACGCUUCACCAUGCCAAUGAUGCUGCGUUUCAGUCAAGGAAACUAGAUAUCGGCCUUGGCAAGCCUGAUCUGGUGGAUGAGGCUGGACGAGAGAAGGUAUCUUGUCAGUCCAAGUCAUCUUUGUUGAUGACUUGUUAAUCCCUGUUUCAUGGCAUCUCCUUCAGACGUCAGGAAUGUCGUUCAUAUGCUACGGUUUCUGUGAAGUCGUUGAAGCAAAAUCUUGUUCCCAGCUCGCGGAAAGGUGACAAAAAGUCAAAGAUGGUGGAGAGGAGGAUGACGAUUCACCAGCACACGUUGGCAUCACUGGCGUGGCGUGAGUAUUCAUCUGGUAUUUCCUUCUUUCAAAAAGAGGCAAAUAGAAGGAGAAACGCUGGCUACUUUCAGCGUCGUUGCAUUGUUAUUGUUUCAUUUCUUUUUCUGAGCGAGUAUGAAGCGUACUUGUUGGGUUCUUAUCUGCAUUACCAGACGGGAGCAUGGCCAGCCAUUUAGUUUGUGCUUUUCCUUCUUCUCGCCCUGCAAGACAUUGCACACUGCGUGGCGAAGCGUACUUGGCAGUAAUAUUGUAGAUCUCUUGAUACCCCAAAUAGAGUAAGAUCAUUAUGCG